UCUUUUUUUUUCACACACACACACAUACACACAUACAGAGGAGCCAGAGAGCGGGGGAACCACGUUUACCGGCUUUGUGGUUUUCAUCACUCCUCCGAUUUUAAUUACACCCGCUAAGCUCAGUCCACUACAGCUGAUGAUGCUCGUGUCUGAACACUGAUUUCAACUCCAUUUAUUCACCAAACCGAUCAUAUGUACAUAGAAGAAUACAUUGAAGAAGAUGAGGAACCACCUUUGCUGCUCAGCUCUUGUCCUUCUCACGGUGCUUGGCUGUGGUGGGACUGCAGCGGUGCAGUGUCGGUGGGGGGAAGGUUGUGUGUGUCUGCAAUGCCCUGCUGGCCAAGAGCCUUCCAAGGCGUGUGGGCAGAUCCAAAGUCCAACAGAGGAAGUUCAGUGCAGACCGUGCCCAGCUGGAAGCUUUUCAGACACACUCGACACUGAACUUUGCCGUCCACACGCCUCCUGUAAGAUCCUCGGCCGUGAGGUUGCAACCCCUGGCAAUGUGACCUCUGAUGCUGUCUGUGGAGUCUGUCUUCCUGGGUUUCACUCCACUGCCACAGGGGAAGUUUCCACCCACAAUCCCUGCGUGAAAACAUCUUUGCAUGUCAGAACGGUGCGCACAGUGGGUAAAGGUCCAUCCAUCGGCGCAGGAGGGCCUGUCAAUGGCACAGUGGUGCGCAGCGCUGAGGAGAAGACAGCAGAGUAUGCUGUGUUUGCUUUGGUGCCUGUGUUCUGCGUGAUGGGCCUGUUGGGUAUCCUCAUCUGCAACAUCCUGAAGAAGAAGGGGUACCGCUGCUCUGCCGACAAGGAGGGAGGGGAUGAAGAAACUGCCACACCGCAGAAAGAAGGUAACAGCUGUCCCUACAUAUCUGAUGAUCUGAAUGAAGACACCAUCAGUGUUCUGGUUCGCCUCAUUACUGAGAAGAAAGAAAAUGCUGCUGCACUAGAGGAACUGCUGCUGGAGUACGAGAGCAAACAGAUGGCCAUAACCAAAGGCUCUUCAAUCAAGUUCCCGAUGCUGUCUCCCCUGUCCCCGUUCCGCUCCCUCCCUAGGCUUUGCCCCCAUCAGUCCCACCUCCACACCAUCUCUGGCCUCUCUGGCCUGGCUCCGAAACACGGCUAUCGGUGCACCCGCUGCGCCCAGAGAAAAUGGCCCCCUAUUCUCAUACCUCCCCUUGACUCCCUGAAAGAUCCCCUGAAGCCACCCCAAACCCUCGUCCUGCCCUCCCUGGACACAUCCACCGACCAGCAGAAGAGACCCCUGCUGGGAGGAGUGUUUGUCGACACCCAUCAUACACAAGCUGCUGUGCCAAAUACUGUACCUGAAAAAGUGGAAGGGAGUGAAGUGAAGGAGAAGAAGGACGGAGAGCUGACGGUGUUGUCUGUGGGGAGAUUUCAAGUUGCUCAGAUCCCCGAGCAGAAGCCUGUCAUCGUGGAAUCCAAAACAUCAGCCCAGGAGCAAAGAAACUCCCUGUUUGGUGGGAAACCCUUCUGCUCCUCUUCAUCGUCAGGCAUUAGGAGGUGAAGAGACAGAGACAGUACGAUAAUGCUACCUCGCUGAAGAUGACCUCAUCAUUCGCUGACCACUUAACAGCUGGCAGGGAGGGUGUUUCUAGACGACUGACAACAAGAAACCACAAGAACCACCUCCUGCAGGAAGAAGUUGUUUCUAUUCACGCGAUAAGAGGACUAUAACUGUAUUUAUUAUUUCAUAAACAAACAUUGUACUUCACAGAUGUAUCAGAUGUACCAUCAUAGAAGUUCAACUCAAAUCACAGCUCCUUUACUGCCCUAAUCCAAAGAGAGAAUUUUUUUGUUGGGUACACACAAGGGGACAGAAGGGAGAGCAUAACACUGUGAUAACACCUGACACUAGAAGUAAGGAUGAGAGGGAGAAAACAAAGAAGAGAAGUUUGGAUCACGAAAAAAAAUGCACUAUUAGCCCCUGUAUUCGUGCUUCCAUGUAAAAAAAAAACACACGGGGUAAAACACACAAAGGUUACAUGCAGUACAGGUAGACAGACACACCUAUAUGUACUUACCUUUGCUUAUACACACUUUCUUUUUGCCUGUACACAAGUGAAGUGAAAACAAAACACUGUGGAUAAAUACAUUACUGACAAAAAGACAAAUAGCUGAAAUGAACUCAUCCAACUGUGUACGUUAAAAACAAAGAAGAAAACAUCAAGCCAAGUUGUCUGCAAUCAAGUGCCAUAUGACUAUGAAGGCUUUCAUCACCAAGUAACUGAGCAGAUCUGGCAUGGCUGAAAUAAUAUCUAUAUGAUUUUGGGUCAUAUGAAACUUGAUUAAAGACUUCCGUAGCACUACAGUAAGUAUUAUGUGGAACAAAUGUUAUAAAAUUCUCUAGAAUAUU